AUGAAGGAGGUAGAGAAUACGGUAAAUCAAAGGAUGAAAGUUUGUGAAGAAGUGCAACAAGAAUACAUGUCGACAUUAAAAGAUGAGGAAGCAACCCGAGAAGAGAGUGAGCGCUUCCUUGAUGCAUGGAGACGCUGUAAUGAACUUCGAUCAGAGGCCCGUGUUUUCCUUGGGAGGCAUAGGCAACAAACACAUGCUUCUUCGUCAGGAUUGCGUUUGGAGAGACUAAAAUUUCAAUCAUUCAGCGGGAACUUAAGAAAGUAUCCUAAAUUCAAAAGCGGUUUUGUCAAAUAUAUACUCCCCGCAUACAAGACCGAUCAAGCCGCGUUUGUUCUAAAAUCUUACUUAAAUGAUAACGUUAAAGAACAGGUCGAGUCUUUAGAUGACAUCAAUGAAAUUUGGGCGCGAUUAGACAAGAAAUAUGGCGAUGAAGGUAAGCAUGUCGACGCAAUAAUGGCAGACAUUAAAGAAAUGUCGGAUUCCGAUGUAGCACACAGAGAACUUGCACGACUGGGAAGGGAACAAGAGAUAAACCACGCUACUAUUGUUUCGGUUAUUGAGGAAAGACUAUCGGAUGAAGUCCAGAAGGAGUGGAUAAAGACAGCGACUGGAGAACAGAGGGUAGAGAUAUCGCGAAACAAAUUCCCAGCACUAUUGAAAUUACUCUUAACGUAUCGCGAGAGAAUUGAAUACAAGUGCUCCAAUAUCAGAUCAUGUGAUGAAUUUCGGGGAAAUGUUAAUCUAAGCGACUCUCGAGAUCCCCGAAAUAGACUUGGGAAUACAUCGAAGCAGCGCUGCUGGUUGCACCAUCCUAUCUGGCGAUGCAGACUCUUUCAAAGCAAAUCUCCGGAAGAAAGAGUUGAUCUAACCAAAAAGUAUAACGCUUGUUUUGCAUGUCUUGAAGUAGGACAUGUUGCUAACAAUUGCAAGAGAGGAUUCAAAUGUCGCGAAGAGGAGUGUGGAUUGCCCCAUCACCAACUUCUACAUGAAGCGCACGCUUCUGGAGCUGUAUUUCAUGGUCGCUCAUUCGCUCAAAAAAGAGAGGUCAUUCUUCAAGUCCAGGAAGUAAGAUGUUACAGUAGAGGCAGUAGUAACAAAAAUAAAAUAAAUGUCCUGUGGGAUGGAAGAAGCACUAUUUCACUAAUUACUUUCGACGCAGCCAGAAGACUAAAUUUGAGCGGAAGGAGUACAAGACUGGAGAUAACAAAAGUCGGUGGAGAAGUUUCUCUUAUCGAAUCUAUGAAAUACAAUGUUACGCUCAUUGAUGAGAACAAUCGGCAUGUUCGAAUUAAUGUCUUAGGGAUUGACGUUAUUUCUAAUGACAUUGCUGGAGUGCACACGAAUGACAAUCCUGAACUGACAGCAGACAUUCCACAUACCAGUAUUAACAGACCGCAAAAUAGAUUUGGUCGCCUAGUAGGUGGUUGCCAGCCAGUGAGAAAAGGUGUAUUUACUAAAAGAGUGGAAAAUGCACAGGUCUGCCACGUUCAAGGGCAUCUAAACGAAUUCUUUUCUAUUGAAAGCUUAGGAAUUCAGUGUACACCUAGAUGUGGUUCUUGCAAAUGUGGAAACUGUCAUCCAGGGGGAAAGGAUAUGACACUGAAGGAAGAGAGAGAAUACAGGCUAAUUGAAGAUAACUUAAAAUAUGAUGAAACCGAGAAAAGGUGGGAGGCGGCUUAUCCAUGGAUAAAGGACCCCCAUGAACUUCCAAACAAUAGAUCGGUUGUGCUAGCAAGAUUACAGUCAACCGAAAAACGCUUACUAAAGAACUUAGAACAUGCUGAUACUUACAAUCGACAAAUUCAAGACAUGAUUAAAAGGGGAGCUUCCAGAAUAGUCAGUACGGAAGAAUUGAAUCAGUAUGGCGGACCAAUUCAUUACAUUUCCCACCAUGCCGUCCUUAAGCCGGAUUCUAAAAAUACACCGUGUAGAAUUGUAUUUAACAGCAGUGCCAACUUCCACGGCCAUGUCCUCAACGAAUAUUAUGCUAAAGGCCCAGAUAUGUUGAACACGUUGCUGGGGGUCUUGCUGAGAUUCAGAGAAAAUCGUGUAGCCCUUCUUGGCGAUAUAUCAAAAAUGUUUCACGCUAUAAAAAUACCAAUUCGUGAUCAGAUGACACACUUGUUCUUAUGGCGAGAUCUUCAGACAGAUAAAGAACCAAACACAUAUGCGAUGACAGCUGUAAAUUUUGGAGACAAACCUUCCGCGACUAUGGCUAUAGUCGCCCUACAAAAGACGGCAGAAAAGCAAAGGCAGAACUACCCCAUAGCGUGUAAAGCAAUUAUAGACAACAGUUACAUGGACGACAUCACAGACAACGCUGAUAACGCAGAGGAAGCAAUUCAGCGAACUCGGGAGAUCGAUAUCAUUCUUGCUACGGGUGGUUUUAAGAUUAAGGAAUGGACGAUAUCUGGGUUAGAGAAACCAGGUAGUGAUGGAACUCAUCCAAUUGGUGAACUAGAUAAUGAGAAUACGGAGAAAGUGCUUGGAAUGAAAUGGCAAUUUAAAGUUGACCACUUACUUUUUGAUAUCAACAAGCAAAGUCAACGCCUCUACCGAUUCCAACAGACUUCAGAGCCAUCAAGAUUCACAAGAAGAGAGAUAUUAUCAGUUGUCAACGGUAUAUACGAUCCCUUAGGACUUCUUUCACCCUACACCGUACAAGCCAAAAUCAUGAUGAGAAAACUAUGGACAAAUGAUCGACAAAUAUCGUGGGAUGACCCACUGCCGGAAAAUCUAGCGGAUGAAUGGCGUGAAUUCUUUCAAGUGCUACCUGAAUUACAAAGGAUUUCUUACCCGCGAGCCAUCAAACCGGAGAAAGCUGUUGGAGAACCUACAUUGGUCAUAUUUUCUGAUGCAUCUGGAACAGCAUACGGUGCCGUGGCUUACGCCAGAUGGGAACUGAUUGACGGGUCAUUUGGAAGUAGAAUCAUUGUGGCUAAGAAUCGAGUCGCACCCAUAAGGAUAAUUGACAUUGUGCGCUUGGAGUUAAUUGCUGCUGUUUUAAGUAAGCGCAUCAGAUGCUUUAUCGAAAAGGAGACUAAAUUGAAGUUCUCAAAAGUGUAUCACAUAGUUGAUAGUGAAAUAGUCAAAGCGAUGAUCUCGAAGGAAAGUUAUGGUUUCAACACAUUUGCUGCAAACAGAAUUGGCGAAAUACAACACUCUACCAGUCCAUCAGAAUGGUUUUGGGUGAAGGGCUCUCUAAACAUAGCUGAUUGGAUCACCAGGGGAAAACAUCCAAAAGAUCUCGACAGGGAAAGCAUUUGGCAGACCGGACCACGAUUUUUGUCUCGAUGCGUUGAUAACUGGCCCGUUCAAAGUACAACCACCAUAAAAGAAUUACCAGAAUGUCCAAAGAUUUCCUUUGUCGCUGUGUCCGAUGGUCAGUUUGUGGAAACAUUAGCUGAGAGGAUCGAUAUUGAGCGCUUCAGCAAACUCGAGCUACUUAGAAAUACGACAGCAAGAAUCCUAAGAUUAUACAAAAGAUUCCUGUCGACCAACCAAGGUAGAGAAAUAGGCAAAGGCGAGCUGACAAUAGAGGACCGGCAAUAUGCAGACAAUUUUUGCAUCAAGGAAGCUCAGAGAACUAUCGAGGACGAAGUUAAGAAGGGAAAGUAUAUUAAGCUGUGUCCGAAGUAUGAAGAUGAAAUUCUGGUGGUGGGUGGUCGGACAGAGCGAUGGAUGGAGGCGACGUGGAACAAGCAAAAGUUCAUCCUUUUACCAGGAUAUCACAGGCUAUCCUAUCUUAUUGCCUCAACAGAGCAUAAGUUGAGUGGACACUUGGGGAUAUCAGCGACGAUAUCAAGAAUUAGGUCGCACUACUGGAUCAUUGGAGUGAGAGCCUUAGUGAAAGGAAUGCUGUCGCGAUGUGUUAUCUGUAUAAGGAAACGCAAGGAAAAGAGUCUUCAAGUCAUGAGUAGCCUCCCUGUUGAGAGACUUCGCCCGUCGCCACUGUUUAGUUCAACCAGUUUGGAUUUCUUUGGACCAUACCUCAUUCGUGGCGAAGUUCAAAAACGAGUCAGAGGAAAGUGUUAUGGUGUAAUAAUGACAUGUAUGGUGUCAAGAGCAGUUUACAUCGAUUUAAGCCACGACUACUCGACAGAUGCUUUUCUUCAAGUGCUACGACGAUUUUCUAGUUUACGGGGUUGGCCGCACAGGAUCUACAGCGAUCCAGGUUCACAGCUUGUGGGGACAUCUAACGAACUAAAGACUGCAAUUCAAGGUAUGAGCCAGUCGUCGAUUCAGCGAUAUGGUCUAAAAUACAACACGACGUGGAGGUUUUCUCCAGCCGAUGGCCCAUGGUUUAAUGGUGUGACAGAAGCUUUAGUGAAAUCAGUGAAACGAGUACUAAAUGCAACAAUCGGAGAGCAAAUUAUGACGUUUAGCGAGCUACAAACCGUCAUGUUUGAAGUGGCCCAAAUUCUUAAUCAACGGCCAAUCGGUUCGCACCCAACGACACCGGACGAUGGCUCUUAUAUAUGCCCCAACGAUCUUAUUUUAGGGCGGGCUUCUAACAAAUCGCCGCAAGGGCCAUUUAAAGAAAGAAUUAGCAACAAACAUAGGCUCGACUUUAUUGAAGCUGUAGUUAACUCAUUUUGGAAGAAGUGGUCCCGUGAUGUCUUCCCCAACAUGGUCAUGCAACCCAAAUGGCAUGUUGCGAGGCAUAACGUGCAAAAAGAUGACGUUGUACUUAUCCAGGACAGUAACGCUAUCCGAGGAGAAUGGAAAAUGGGAGUGGUCACAGAGACACAUCCUGGAGACGACGGAAAGGUGAGACGUGUAACUGUAUCUUACAAAAACAUUCGCGACGAGAACGACGCUAACAGCUACGGAGGUAUUCGAUAUACGAGAAUAGAACGACCAGUUCAAAGACUAAUAGUGCUUAUUCCGGCCGAAGAGAGACAAACUAUAGGCUGA